AUGGAGAGCAAUCGUCGAUUUGGCCAGCAGCAUGAUCAAAUGGUCUGCUAUACGCUGCGCUUACUACAAUUUGCCUCAUGUGUCGUAGCACUUGUGCUUGUUGCUGUAAGCUUCGAGUCGCGCAAAAUGAGUUUUCAGACGAAGAACGGAGGGACACAAGAAAUGACCGUCUACUUCGGCGGACCGGCCGUUAAUUUUGUCAUAAUCGUCUCAUUCACUGCGUCUCUAUACGAUGCUUUUAUUUUGCUCUUCGUAUUAACUUGGCGAUGUGCAAAAGUGCCGGCACUUUGGACUUUUGGUAUGGACGCCGUCUUAACAAUGCUGUUCAUGAGUGCUGGCUGUGCUUUGGCAGCCAGUGACUAUGUGCGCUACUGCAAUGUGGUGGAUGGUGUUGCACGCUGCUCGUUGUUGGCAUCUAGCGCUGCUCUUUGCUUUAUGGCCUUUGUAAGUUUUCUGCUUAGCGUGGCUUGGGGUGCCUGGAUGCGCAAUAUGUGGAUCGAACCCAGGAAGAAAAUCCCGUUAGAGUCUGUACGAGCCGGUCAUGCUGUGUUGGGUGACUUAGAGCUUGAUGACGAGCGCGCUAUCACAUUAUACGAAUCUAGUGCGAGCUUGCAGAAUGGCUUUAGACAAUCAGCACCAUCUGUUCAAGAUGGCGGAUAUCAAGGAUAA